AUGAGUUCUGGAAAACACAAGGGAAUGCAAAAAGAAGUGCCGCGGGAACAUUCCUCCGACAGUCCGAAACAUGUCCCCAUCGGAAUUAAUUCAGACUGUCAGCGGACAUUCGUACUGUUAGGGAGGAUCGGUCAGCAAGCUGGAGUUGCACGCACGUUAGAGACCCUUGGAAUUGAUAUCUGCUGCCUGACUGAAACACGACUCCAGGACUCUAACUCGGUCUACCAGCUGGUGUCACCGCUGCAUCCACGCACCCGGUUCCAUCUCCGCCUCUCUGGUGACGCCGAGUCUGCCGCAUCUGGGCAAGCUGGUGUUGGAAUCGCCCUCAGCGCUAGAGCCGAGACUGCUUUGAUUGAUUGGAUUCCGAUCAAUAGCCGCCUUUGUGCGAUGAGGCUCCAUGGCUCUUGUAAGGUCAGCAGAUGUCGAGUCGAAAAGCGUGCUCUCUUCGUGAUCUCUGCCUACGCGCCCACUGACUGUAGCUCAGACAUCGUCAAAGACCAGUUCUACCAGAACCUUCAUGAGCUGCUCCUAAGGGCUCCUAAAACAGACAUCAUUGUUUUGGCAGGUGACUUCAACGCGCGUGUCGGUCGUCUGCUGCCAUGUGAGCGCCACCUCGGAGGACCGCAUGGAUAUGAUGAUGUUCGCUCAGAAAAUGGAGAGAGACUGCUCAAUCUUUGUGCUGAUUAUCAACUAUUCCUCUCCAGCACCAGCUUUCGUCAUCCUGGACGCCAGUACGCCACUUGGCGCCCCCCAUCAUCAACCCAGCGCUGGUCACAGAUUGACCACAUAGCUAUAAGUCGCAGGUGGCGCGGCAGUGUACGCGACUGCCGAACAUUUUGGUCAACAUGCGUCGACACCGAUCAUGCACUGGUGUGUGCGACCGUUUGCAUGCGUUUUGGUGGUUCGCCUAGGUCAAAACACACCCGACUGAACGCCUACAAGUUGGAGGACCCAAUGGUGAAGAGAGAUUAUCAACAAAAGCUUCGCGAAAAGCUCCCUCUCUCUCACACUCUGGAUGUUGAUCAACACUGGUCAAGUCUCCAGCAAGCCUUGUUAUCGGCCGGUUUGUCCAGCUGUGGCCUCACUCGCUCCACUCCCAAAUGCUGGAUCUCGGGAAGAUCAUCAGAAUUGCUGGAUCGUCGACGGGCGGUGCCUGCUGCCGCAGAGUACAACGAACACCGCCGGUCUAUUACGCAACAGCUGAAAGCAAGCCUUCGCUCUGAUCGUGAAUCUUGGUGGUCAAAACAAGCUGGUGAGAUGGAAGCCGCUGCAUCAGCUGGCAACUUCCGCCGUCUGUUUUACAUCAUCAGGGCCACUGGUUGCAAUUUCCACGCUAUCAGCCAGACGAUUUACGAGGCAGACGGCACGAAGAUCACCAACCUUCGCAGACGAUUGGGUCGCUGGUCAGAGCAUUUCGCUCUUCAAUUCAACCACCCAACACAGUCCCCUGCGACACCUCCAGCCCCAAUGCUUUCAACGACUAGAGAGGAGUUUUCCCGAGAAGAACAAGCCGCAUUUCGUCCAAACCGCGGCUGCAUCGACCAAAUCUUCACGCUUCGCCAACUUCUCGAACUCCGUCACAUCCACCGGCGGCCAACAAUCAUAGUGUUUUUGGACAUCCGAGCGGCAUUUGAUUCAGUAGAUAGGUCUGCGUUGUGGAACUGUUUACUGAAGAAAGGUGUGCUCGACAAGUUUGUAACCAUCCUGAAAGUACUUCACACACACACGUCGGGCAAAGUUAGGGCUUACGGCACGCACUCCUCUUCAUUCGCUGUGGCCAGCGGUGUUCGCCAAGGUUGCCCUAUUUCACCUUUUCUCUUCAAUUUCGCCAUCGAAGAUGUUCUCCAAAGAGCACUGGAAGGUGUCCAGGACUGCGGUGUUGAGCUUCUCCCUGGAGACAGACUCACGGACUUGGACUAUGCCGAUGAUAUCGCCUUGCUGGAGGACGACCCACAAUCCGUCCAGAACGCUCUGGACCGCUUGGCGAUGGAGGCGUCUAAGUACGGCCUGUGCUUCACUCCGGGAAAAUGUAAAACGCUGCUCCAGGAUUGGCAGGUGCCUGAACCCGCGCUCACCAUUGCUGGACAUGUUCUGGAGCAAGUCCCUUGCUUCACUUACCUAGGGAGUUGCAUCACGGCUGGUGGCGGUGUUGGAGAUGAAGUCUCACAAAGGAUUGCAAAGGCUCGCCUUGCAUUCAUCAAACUGAGACGUCUAUGGCGUCGUCGUGAUGUCACUCUCAAGCUCAUGGGCAGGGUGUACAAUGCUUCCGUCCGUGCAGUACUCUUGUACGGCUGUGAGACUUGGCCUAUUCGCUCGGAAGAUAUGAAGCGGCUAUCAGUCUUUGAUAAUCGCUGUUUACGAAGGAUUGCUAGGGUGUGGUGGCAACACCACGUAAGCAACGCAGAGGUGAGAGACCGCGUGCUUGGGGCGAAUAGUGCCAGUCUUCAAGACGUUAUUCUCCGACAUCGCAUGCGCUGGCUCGGGCAUGUUCUGCGCAUGCCAGCCCAUCGCCUUCCACGUCGAGCGCUAUUUGCAUUCCCAGGGAGCGAUUGGAAAAAGUGCCGCGGUGGACAGCCGAUGACGUGGAGAAGGAGUAUGAAGAAGGCGACCUCAAGUUUGGCAGCAGUCGGACCAGUCCGCCUUCCAGGUUGGGGACCACGAGAUGCUGAAUUGCAGUGGUUGGAAACAUUGGACGUCAUGGCCCGCAACAGACAUCAGUGGCGGCAAUGUUGUUCCGCAAUUUCACCAUCCCUUUGA